AUGAAGGUAUCCAGGAAGCGAUCCACCUCCAACCGGAGGGUGGAAAAGGAAACGACGCCAGAGUCGGGUACGGUCCAGGACAGUGAGGAUUCCGAACUGGAAAGACGCGAGGAGCUGGUGCACCAGUUGGCCCGCCACUACACAGAUACAUCGAAUGCCACAGGCCAUAUUCAUGGCAAUCCGUUCCUCGAUGCGGACGAAGACUCGCCCCUCAACCCCCGCUCACCUAAUUUCCGCGCGCGAACAUGGGCCAAGAAGAUCGUUGAGAUGGAUUCGACGGGCUUCCGUACAUCGGGUGUCUGCUUCCAGAAUUUGAACGUUCACGGCUUUGGCGCGGCGACGGACUACCAGAAGGAUGUGGGCAAUGUAUGGGUCGACAUGGUCGGCUUGGUUCGUGCGGCAGUGGGCGCCUCCAAGCCGCGCAAGAUCGAUAUCCUGCGCAACUUCGAUGGUUUGGUGCGAAGGGGUGAGAUGCUCGUGGUGUUGGGCCCCCCCGGUUCCGGAUGCUCCACGUUCCUGAAAACAAUCGCUGGUGAGACGAAUGGAAUCUACGUCGACGAGAAGUCGUACUUCAACUAUCAAGGUGUGACGGCUCAGGAAAUGCACAGUCACCACCGGGGCGAAGCAAUUUACACGGCCGAAACCGAUGUCCACUUUCCCAUGCUGACGGUGGGCGACACGUUGACCUUUGCUGCCCAAGCACGCGCACCCCGGAAGCUUCCCGAAGGCGUCGAUAAAAUGACGUACGCCAACCACUUGCGCGAUGUCAUCAUGGCCAUGUUUGGUAUCUCGCACACUGUCAACACCCGCGUCGGAAACGAAUACGUUCGUGGUGUAUCCGGAGGUGAACGCAAGCGUGUCACCAUCUCUGAGGCGGCCCUUAGUCGGGCGCCGCUUCAGUGCUGGGACAACAGUACCAGAGGUCUCGACAGUGCCAACGCCGUUGAAUUUUGCAAGACUCUUCGCAUGCAGACUGAGCUUUUUGGCAACACGGCCUGCGUGUCCAUCUACCAGUCACCCCAGAGUGCCUACAAUCUCUUUGAUAAGGCGCUGGUGCUCUACGAGGGCCGCCAAAUUUUCUUCGGCCGUGCUGAUCAGGCUCGCCAAUACUUCAUCAAUCUCGGCUUCGAGUGCCCUGCCCGUCAGACGACUCCGGAUUUCAUGACGUCGAUGACGAGUCCGGUGGAACGUGUUAUUCGCUCUGGUUUCAAAGAUAAAGCCCCUCGAACCCCUGAUGAUUUUGCCGCCGCCUGGAAGAACAGCGCCGAGUAUCAAGCUCUGCAAAAGGAAAUUGAGGAGUACAAGAAUGAGCACCCACUCAACGGACCUGAUGCCGAGGCCUUCCGUGCCAACAAGCGCCAGGCGCAAGCCAAGGCACAGCGUGUCAAAUCUCCUUACACCCUCUCUUACACUCAACAAGUCAGAUUAACCUUGUGGCGUGGAUGGCGUCGUCUUAUCGGGGAUCCCAGUAUAACCGUCGGUAUGCUCAUCGGCAACACUGCCAUGGGUCUGAUCAUUGGCAGUGUCUUUUACAAUCUGCAGCCAACCACGUCGAGCUUCUACCAGAGAGGGGCUCUUUUGUUCUUUGCUUGUCUCACAAACGCUUUUGCCAGUGCCCUAGAAAUCCUCACCCUCUAUGCUCAACGCCCCAUCGUCGAAAAGCAGAGUCGUUAUGCCAUGUACCAUCCCUCCGCCGAAGCCGUCGCCUCUAUGCUUUGUGAUUUGCCCUACAAGUUCAUGAACACGAUCGUUUACAACUUGGUCCUGUACUUUAUGACGAAUUUGCGCCGCGAACCCGGAAACUUCUUCUUCUUCUUGCUUAUGUCGUUCCUCGUGACGUUAGCCAUGAGUAUGAUCUUCCGAACCAUCGCAUCCGCAUCUCGAACGCUCUCUCAAGCCAUGGUACCGGCGGCCGUUCUCAUCUUGGCUCUUGUCAUUUUCACCGGUUUCGUCAUCCCAAUCGACUAUAUGUUGGAUUGGUGUCGCUGGAUCAACUAUCUGGAUCCCCUUGCGUAUGCCUUCGAGUCGCUCAUGGUCAAUGAAUUUCAUAAUCGCCAAUUCGAAUGUACUGCAUACGUCCCCAACGCUCUUGUCCCAGGCUACGCCGACGUUGGCCCAAACAACCACGUGUGCGGUACGGUCGGUUCCGUAGCUGGCAGUGGCUUUGUCGACGGCGAUAGGUACAUCAACCAGGCGUUCCGGUAUUACCAUGGAAACAAAUGGCGCAACCUGGGUAUUCUCUUCGUUUUCAUCAUCUUCUUCCUGUUUACCUACAUGGUCUCCGCGGAACUUGUCUCCGAGAAGAAGUCCAAGGGUGAGGUCUUGGUGUUCCGUCGCGGCUACAAGCCCGCCCAGUUCAAGGAGAAGAAGGGCGACGUCGAAGAGGGCGGCAUGACGCGUGUUGGCCCCGUUGCUACCAAUGCCAGUAAUGCCAAGGGCGGACCUAAGGGUAAGGAAGCCGGCAUGCUUAUGGAGCAGUCGAGUGUUUUCCACUGGAGUAACGUUUGCUACGACAUCAAGAUCAAGGGCGAACCAAGGCGAAUCCUGGAUAACGUGGACGGCUGGGUGAAACCGGGUACACUUACGGCGCUAAUGGGUGUCUCUGGUGCCGGCAAGACCACACUUCUCGAUGCGUUGGCCAGUCGUAUCACGAUGGGUGUCAUCACCGGAGAGAUGCUUGUUGAUGGUCACCUCCGGGACAAUUCGUUCCAGCGCAAGACGGGUUAUGUUCAACAACAAGACCUACACUUGUCUACCACUACUGUCCGUGAGGCUUUGAACUUCUCUGCCCUCCUACGUCAGCCAGCUCAUGUUCCCCGCGCGGAGAAACUCGCAUAUGUGGACGAAGUUAUCAAGCUGCUCGACAUGGCUGAGUAUGCCGAUGCCGUUGUUGGUGUCUUAGGAGAAGGUCUCAAUGUCGAACAGCGAAAGCGUCUCACCAUUGGUGUUGAACUAGCUGCCAAGCCGCCUCUGUUGCUCUUCGUCGACGAGCCUACCUCUGGUCUGGACUCGCAAACUUCGUGGGCCAUCCUGGAUCUGCUUGAGAAACUCACUAAAGCCGGCCAAGCCAUUCUAUGCACCAUACAUCAACCGUCCGCUAUGCUCUUCCAGCGCUUCGAUCGACUGCUGUUCCUGGCCAAGGGUGGUAGAACCGUCUACUUUGGUGACAUCGGCGAAAAUUGUAAGACAAUGACAUCGUACUUCGAACGCAACGGUGCACCUGCCUGUCCCCACGACGCCAAUCCCGCGGAAUGGAUGUUAGACGCCAUUGGCGCCGCGCCUGGAAGCUACACCGAUGUCGACUGGUUCCAGACGUGGCGCGAAAGCCCCGAGUACAAUCAGGUGCAAGGCGAGCUGCAACGACUCAAAGACGAAGCUGUGUCGACCUCCACCCACACGGACGACAAAACGUCAUACCGCGAGUUUGCCGCCGGCUUCUUUACCCAGAUGUACGAAGUCAGUCACCGUGUGUUCCAGCAGUAUUGGCGUACGCCUUCGUACAUCUACUCCAAAGCCGCCCUCUGCGUCCUCGUCGCCCUCUUCAUCGGUUUCGUUUUCUUCAAGGCUCCCAAUACGAUCCAGGGGCUGCAGAACCAGAUGUUCGCCAUCUUCAAUCUGCUCACCGUCUUCGGCCAACUGGUGCAGCAAACGAUGCCGCACUUUGUGGUGCAACGGUCGCUGUACGAGGUCCGCGAGAGGCCGUCAAAGGUCUACGGCUGGAAGGUCUUUAUGCUCUCUCAAAUUCUCGUUGAACUCCCCUGGAACACAUUAAUGGCCGUCCUCAUGUUCGCCUGCUGGUACUAUCCCGUCGGCCUGUACAACAACGCCGCGGACGCAGGACAGACUACCGAGCGCGGCGCGCUCAUGUUCUUGCUGCUGCUAGCCUUUUUGCUUUUUACGUCAACGUUCACAGACAUGAUCAUCGCCGGCUUCGAGACGGCCGAGGCGGGUGGCAAUAUUGCCAACUUGCUCUUCAUGCUGUGUCUGAUCUUCUGUGGUGUACUCGCCAGCCCGGAUAGCUUCCCCCGUUUCUGGAUAUUCAUGUAUCGCGUCAGUCCCUUUACGUAUCUCAUAUCGGCCAUGCUGUCGACGGCGGUCGCCAACACAAACGUACAGUGCGCUGCCAACGAGUUACUCCGGUUCAACCCGCCUGAUGGCCAGACUUGUGGGCAGUAUAUGGAGGUCUACCUCCAGUUUGCGGGGGGUUAUCUCGAGAAUGCGGGUGACACGGCGAAUUGCACUUAUUGCACUAUAUCCGACACAAAUGUGUAUUUGCAGAACGUCAGAGCUGAUUAUUCUGAUCGUUGGCGCAACUUCGGUAUCUUCUGUGUCUUCAUCAUCUUCAACAUCUUCGGUGCCCUCGCCAUGUACUGGAUUACUCGCGUCCCCAAGGCAAGCAAGGAGAAGAAGGUUGAGAAGAAGAUGAAGGCGUAA